UUUUUAAAGAUCGAAGCGAGUUUGGAUGGGGAAAACGGGGAGCGGAACCUGUGUCAGUGAAUAUUACUAACUAUUGAAGUUUCUCCGGGUGGCUGGGGCUGAGCAGUGGAUAUGGCAAUAUUAACGGUCAACAAUCUGAUUCCAGGGGCUCCUGAUUUGUCGCAGGUCCUGCCAGUGCGUGUAGCGUUCUGCUCAACCUACAUGCUAAAGUCGUUCCCGUCGAUUCCCCUUCUCGCCAGUUCCACUCGCCCUUUCUAAACGAUACGUGGUGGCUACCCCAGGCUCUAGUGAAGCAGCCUGUGCUAAGCUUAGUCCUGCGCGUUCUUUUUGCCUCCCUGAAACACUGGUAAAGUUUCAACCGGGGCAGCAACUCUGCGGAUACCUGAUACCGAGUUCGUCUACUGGGAUGUUGUUUCACACUGUCACCGAACUGGACGCCGCCGCUGUCGGAGGGAGCACUGCUAUGGAGUAUUAUUUCAGAGUCGCCUCCUUGUCCAUUGCUUUCUAUGAUUAUUUCCUGACGCUGCCCAAUGAAUACCGUUUUUACCGCAGUCAACCUCAUAUCUUGCAGAUGAGCCAAGCUUGCAUUUUAUUUAUACUCAUCCGAUACGUCAGUAUCGUCUCAAUGGUUGUCAGCAAUUAUGGAGCAUUUUCGACAUCGUUUACACUUGAGUCUUGUCGUCAUUACUACUAUGUAUCACCCAUUUUUAAAGUUUUGCAAACCAUGGUAUCGCAAGCUAUCGUAGGGUUCAGGACCUUCAAUAUCUCUAGGCGAAACGAAAACGUUCGCAAUUUCCUCGUUGUGUACUAUAUUAUCGCUGUUGUGGUGAGUCAUUCCGAAAACGCCUGCAUCUCGGGCACCAGUUCAGGGAGUUCGGCAAGCUGGCUUUUCUAUCUAGUUGCCAUCUGUUAUGAUCUGGUCACGUUGGGUAUUUCGACGGUACAGUUCACUGUUGGGAGUAGUUUCCAUCAAUUGAUUCAAGUUAUGCUAUAUGAUGGCUUGAUAUUUUUCGUGGCCCUGACGGCCGUGAAUGUCUUAAACCUCAUCCUGUACCGGGGGACCAAUGUAGUUGCCCAGGUAACUUGUUUCCAAUCCAUCCAUAGGCCCUCACUUGGAUAUGCUGUGAUCUGGAUAAUGAGCCAACGUAUUCUAAUUCAUUUAAGGGAAGUAGCUGCCGAAAUCGAGGGAGGCUCACAAAGCAUCAAUAUCCUCACACGACACCUGCGUAGGGAGCAAGACGUGGAGUUGCCAUCCCGGCUGCAAUUCAAGCCUCCUAAAGGCAAGGUGGACCAAAGAUCUCGAGCAGAUGACCAAAGACUUGGCGUUCAAAUAACCGUACGGCAGACUGUCACUGUCGAUUACCCUCCAGACGAAGAGCUAGGCCUUCCACAUAAGGAGACUUGAUAGUGGUGGUUAACAUACAUACGAGAGUAGGCAGACAUCCAUUGAUCUUGUACAGACGUGCGAUUGGUUUAGGUGAAAUUUCCUGUGGUUCCUGAGGAUCUGGUUCCUGGUUGGAUAACCGACUCGGGUAUCGUUUAUACCCUAAUUCCUCGCACGCAUGAUCACCGAUAUCGAGUCAA